AUGAAGUUCCUUGUGAUUGCUUUCCUCCUCGGAGCUGUAGCUGCAUUUGAUGAUGACGAUAAGAUUGUUGGAGGAUACACCUGCACCAAGAACUCCGUCCCAUACAUUGUGUCCCUGAACUCCGGCUACCAUUUCUGCGGAGGGUCCCUGAUUAACAGUCUUUGGGUGGUCUCUGCCGCUCAUUGCUACAAAUCCCGUAUACAAGUCAGACUGGGAGAACAUAACAUUGCAUUGAAUGAGGGCACCGAGCAGUUCAUCAACUCCGCCAAGGUCAUCAAGCAUGCGAAUUACAACUCCAGGAACCUGGAUAAUGACAUCAUGCUGAUUAAAUUGUCCUCCGCCGCCAGCCUGAACUCCUACGUGAAAGCCGUGGCUCUCCCCUCGGGCUGCGCCGCCGCUGGAACCAGCUGCCUGGUCUCCGGCUGGGGCAACACUCUCAGCAGUGGCACUAAUUAUCCAGAUCUUCUCCAAUGUCUGAAUGCCCCCAUCUUGAGUGACAGCGACUGCAGCAAAUCGUACCCCGGAGAGAUCACCAGGAACAUGUUCUGCGCUGGCUACCUGGCCGGUGGGAAAGACUCUUGCCAGGGUGACUCCGGUGGCCCCGUGGUCUGUAAUGGACAACUCCAAGGUGUUGUGUCCUGGGGCUAUGGAUGCGCUCAGAGAAAUUACCCCGGUGUCUACACCAAAGUCUGCAACUACGUCAGCUGGAUCCAGAGCACAAUUAAUUCCAACUAAAUUAUCUACAUAAAAUGUCAUUUUUUCCCCUUA